UUUGAUCAAAACUUUUGUAUAUGGCGGCCGGGUUUUUAGCGACUCUUCCAUGAGACAUUUUCCUCUAUUUUCAUUUUCUGACCAUUUUGAGUCAUUUUCAAAUAAAAUGCCCAUGGAAAUGGACCGCUAAAGAUCCCUGCUUUUUGCAGUUCCGGUUUCCGUUCAGAUUUUUAAAAUUAUUUUUCUAGUUAUAGCAUCUUUAGCAAUAAAUUCCAAUUGAAAUUAAGAAUGCAACAAGCAAACAUAUUUUCAUCAAUGCCGUCAACAUCCACUUCAGUUCCACCUUUGGCAGUUCAUUUAAAUAUGUUAAUUAAUACAUUGGGUGAAGCACCUAGAGAUGAUGUUAAAUUUCAAGUUUUGAAGGAAAUCAGCGAAAAUAUUGACGAGCUUUUUGGAACGUCAGCUUAUUCAUCUUUAAUUGAAGGCCUUAUAUGUAUUUUUAUGAGAUUAUUACAGGAAACAUCUCCCCAAUUUAUUGCUGAAAAUAAUACAUUGCAAUUACGUAAAUUAAUGUUAGAAUUGUUAUUUCGUCUAUCUUCAAACGAUGUAGUCAAAUCUUAUGGUAAAAGUCUUCAACAAAUAUUGCUUCGACUUAUUUAUUUGGAAAAUGAAGAAAAUGCUUUAUUAAUAAUUAAAAUCCUUACUGAUCACAUCAAAACAUUUCGUCCAGCAUUUGCAUCAGAAUUGACAAGCUUUUUCAUCCAAUGGAAAAAUGCUUAUACAGAAAUGUUGAGACAUACAGCAAAUGAAUCAAUGUUUUUACAAAAGCCGUUUUCAACUUCAAAAAGAACGAUAGAAGAAAGUGUUGUGGAGGCUUUGAGAACUUGUUAUUUCACUACACCACUUACUUUUUCCCAGCCACAACAAAGUGAUGAAAGUGUGACUCCAAUGCUUGAAAAGUACACAUUAAUCCCAAAAGCAAAUCAAAGUGUAAAAGUUUUGGCAGAAAUGUCAGUUUUUCUUCUUGUAUUAAUUCAAAUGCAUCGUCAACAUUUACUUGGAGAAGUUUUAGAUUUAAUACCAAUAUUUCUUCGUUAUAUAAAUAUUAAAUUGCCUGAACAUUUGAAGUUGGAAAAAAAUUAUAAUAGAGAAUUGGUCGAUGAAUUUCAUAAUUCUCAAGUUAGAGCACUUUCUUUUAUUGGUUAUACAGCAAAACAAGCACAGAUUGCCACAGUCAUUAGUGAACACACAAAAUCUAUCACAGAUGCAAUUUUAAUGUUAAUUGAUUCAUUCCAUCCAGAAGUAAUAAUUCAAAGAAGAGAAUUACUCAUGUCAUUGAAAUAUUUAUUUCAAUCAGAAUUUAAAACAAAUUUUAUUACAUUAAUUCCAAAAAUGUGUGAUGAAAAAGCUUUGCUAGGAAAUUCAUUUACUUCACAGGAUCAAUUGAGAAAUCAGUCAUAUUCACUGCUUGCAGACAUUUUACAUCAUGUUAGAAUGAAUAUUCCACAUUUACUUAAACAUAUAUUUUUCCUUUGUUCUCGUUGUUUACAUGACCAUCAACUUUUACCUUAUGUACAAACAAUGUAUGGAAAAUUGAUGAUGAAUUUAAUUGAACCAUUAAUUAUACGAUCAAAAGAGAAUGGAACUGAAAUUCGUCUAAUUCUUUGUAAUUCAAUCAAUUCAUUUCUUCGAAAAGCAAAAUUAAUUGCUAAUUAUCAUUUACCUUUAAUUAAAGAAAAAUAUAAUAAAAGUAAUAUUAUUCAACAACAACAACAGCAACAAAUUAAAUCAACAACAGAACAAAAAAAUUUACAAUCUCCAAGUAAAACAAUUGUCUUAACUGAAGGACAACAAACACAAGAAAUUGAAAAUACUGGAGGUGGAGGAGGAGGGCAAAAACAGGAAAAAAGUUCAUCUUCAAUAGAAACUAAUCGUGCUACAUUUUGCCAAGAUCCAACUUCACCUCUUUCUCUAAAUGAUUGUAAGAAUUUAGUGAGAUUUAUUAUUCAACCAAUAAAAAUGAUGGUUAUAGCACUCAAAGAAAUUGGAAUUGAACAAGAACCUCAAGUUGUUUCAACAGUUGAACGUUGUUUAUUAGAAUUAUUUCCAAAUGGACUAAUUUGUUUGGAUAUUUUUAUAAUUGGAUCUAAUUUAAUGCAAGGUGGAGCAGUAGGAAAUGUGUAUCAACAUAAAAUUAGUUCAAAUGUGCGAUCAAAAGAAGAAAAGGAGACCCUUGAUGCUUUUAUUGCAAUUUAUACAAAUAUGAGAUCAUCCUCAUUUGAGCGUUUACUUGAACAACAUAUUGAGUUUCUUAUUGAACGUAUAAGUAUUAAUCCAAUAUUACAAAAUAUUUGUAGUACAUUUCUUACAAAUCCUGCAACGAUGAAUAAAACUGGACAAAUUUUGGUUAAAUAUUUAUUAACAAAAUUGCCAGAUUUGGGAGCAAAUAAUGAAAGGGCUACACUUUAUUUAAAAUUGUUUAAACUUGUAUUUCAUGCAAUUUCUUGUUCAUCAAAUAAUUCUGAUUGUGAUACUAUUUUAAAGCCUUUUCUUCAUCAAAUAAUUCAACAAUCAAUGCUAUAUGCUUUAGAAGCACGCGAAUCUACUAACUAUUUUCUUCUUUUACGAGCAUUGUUUAGAUCAAUAGGAAGUGGAACACAUGAACAAAUGUAUCAUCAAUUUCUUCCUCUAUUACCUUCAAUAUUACAACAAUUGAAUCGUCUUCAAAAUGGAUCUCAUUUACAAUCAAUUCAUGAACUUUUUGUUGAAUUAUGUUUAACUGUUCCAGUACGAUUAUCUUCACUUUUACCUUAUUUACCUCUUUUAAUGGAUCCAUUAGUUUGUGCUUUAAAUGGUUCUCCAACAUUAGUUCAACAAGGAUUACGUACACUUGAACUUUGUGUUGAUAAUUUACAACCUGAAUAUUUUUAUGAUCAUAUGCAACCUGUACGUGCUUCAUUAAUGAAAGGUUUAUGGCAUUGUGUAUCUCAUGGUGAUUCUCAUUCAUCAUUAACUGCAUUUAGAAUUUUGGGUAAAUUUGGUGGUUCAAAUAGAAAAAUACUUUUGGAUGCUCAAAAUAUACAAGAUUUUAAUAAAAUAAAUAAAAAUGAAGAAAAAUUGCCAAAAAUAAUUUUACCAUUUAAUAAAAUUCAAAUUAACAAUAAUAAUGAAGAAUUAAUAAAUAAUGGAGAAGAAUUAAUUCAAUGUACUGUUGAUUUGAAUCAAAUUGUUAAUUCUGCUUGUAAAGUAUUGAGAAACCAAACAACAACAACUUCAAAUUCAUAUAAUCAACUUGCUGCAGCAAAUUUAUUAAAAUUUGUUUUAUUAAAAAUUUUUUCGAUUGAAAAAUUAUCAAUUAAAAAUUCUUCCCAAUUUGUUGACAAUAUUUCUAAAAUUAUUUCAUCAAAUUUUAAAGAAAAAUCAACUAAAAUGUAUAUUAUUUGUUCUGAUACAAAUUUAAGAGAAUUGGCAAUAAAUGCUUUAAAAGGAAUUUUUAUUUGUGUUUUUAAUGUUGAAACAAGAGAAAAAUUUUUAGAAUUUUUUAAAAUUGUAAUUAAAUAUUUAACUAUAAAUGGAAUUUUUGAAGGAAAUGAUAGGAAAGAUCAUUUUUCAAUGGAUUCAUUUGUAUUAAUUGAUGUAAUAGCCCAAACAUUGUCUGAUCCUUGUAAAGAUUAUUGUCAUGCUGCUAUUCUUGCUUUACGUAUAAUAAUUGACACAUUAAAUAUUAUUUAUGAACAAAAUGUUGAAAAAAUUUGUCAUUUUCCAUUAUUUGAAUAUUUAUUUGAAAAGAUUACAUUACUCUGUUAUAGCUGUGAAUGGUUUUCUAAACUUGGAGGAUGUACAGCUUUAAGGCUUAUAAUUGAAUAUUAUCCUCCUUUAUUAGUACAAAAAUAUUGUAUUAAAAUCGUUGAAGCUUGUAUUCAAAUGAUUUCUGAUUUAUCAAAUGAACUUUCUAGUGGUGCUUUAGAUUAUUCUUCAAAAACUAUAGAUUUACUUUUAAAUGUUUGCUUCCCAAAUAAUUCAAAUUCAGCCUUAUCAAUUGAUUUAUUAAAUCAAUUUGUAUCAAAAUUAAUAAAUUUUAUUGUUGAUCCAGAUUAUAUUUUGAGAAAAGAGAUUUUUCGAAUAAUUUGUUCAUUGUCUACUCGAACAAAUUUACCUCUUUAUUCAAUUUUAAACAAUUUUAAAGAAUCUUUGAGAACAAAAAUUUUGGAGUCUAUAAGAGAAUUUGUUACAAUUUCUGAAAAAUGUAAAAUUGCUGGAAUUGAUCUUUUUAUUUUUUGUUCAAAAAUUGAUGAAUUUAAUAUUGAUAUUCCUCUUUAUGAAUGUAUGAUAUUUGCAAGAAGUCUUCUAAAAAUUUGUUUCCAUAUUAUUGAAGAGAAUAGUAGCAAUGAUUUUUCUGAUGUGAGUCGAAAUGAAGCAACACUUCGAGAUAUUGCAUUGAAAGCCCUUAUUCUUCUCUAUUUUAAUAUUGCUUCAUAUUCCAAAUCAAUUAUUUCUUCAAUACAAAUCCCAAAAUUUUUACAUCAUCAAAAACAACAACAAAUUUUGUUGGAACAAAUAUUUCAAACAAUUUUUGAGAAUGCUAUAAUAAUGAAAAAUGAAAAUAAAUUAAAGGAAGAAGCUUGUGAAUGUAUUGGGAAGAUACUAGAAGAAUAUAAUAAUUCUGAAAAUAUUUUUUAUAUUAACCAAAAACUUGAAGAUAUUAUUAAUAAUUUUAUGGACAAGAAAUUGGAAAUUUCAACAACAUUUUUCAAUAAAAUUAAUUUUUUGAUUAAAUAUUCUACUAGAAAUUUUAAAAUGGAAGAAUUGGGAUUAAUAAUGGAUGUCCUUUUAUUAAUUGAUGCUUCUUUAUCUUCAAAUAACAUUAACGUUGUUGAUGUUGAAUGUAUUUCUAAUGCUUUACAAUUUUUUACACAUGUCAAUUAUUUGGAUCAACAAUUGUUACAAAAAUUAUUUUUAUUUUAUUCUGAAUGUUUAUCCAUAUUUACAACAAAGCAAAAUAUUACUUGGCAAAAUGAUUAUUUUUCUUACUUGUCAAAAUUUUCAAGUGAUUUUUAUCCUAUAACAAUUUUAACAAAAGAAAUAUUUAAUAAUGAUUUUGCUACAAAUUUUCUUGUGUUACUUACAAGUAUGGAAGAUGCAACAAAUUUUAGACUUUGUAUAGCUGAUAAUUUAUCAACUUUGCAACAAUUUACAGAUGAAUUACUUGAGCCGAAUAAUGAUAAUAUCUUCUCUCCCAGCAGUAAUGAUAAUAAUUCUUCUAAUUUAAACAACAACAAAAAAUUCAUGCUUAAUUUUCUUCGUUUUCUUUCAACAUUUUUUGAGAAGCAUAAUCUUUUAAACGAUAGCAAUGAUUUUUCUAAUAAUUAUAUUCAAUUGUGGAAUGAUAUAAUAUUUUCAAUAAGACAAUUAUGGCUUUCAGAAAAUUUUCAGAAUAGUCAUUCUGUCGGGCAAAUUUUCCCAGACGAAGAAGCAGCCAAUUUAUUAUCAGCUGUACCGCAGGAAGAAGAAGAUUCAUCUUCUAUACCACCAAAAAUUUUGGAUGAAAAUAAAUUUGAUGUCCCAAUUUAUUGUGCUCGUAUAAUUUUAACUAAAUUAAAAUUUUUAUUGGCUUUACAAACAACUGUUGAAAAUUCUGAAAUUUUAUCGUCUGAAGAUGAAAUAAUUGAUUUACUUUAUGAUUUGACUUUUGCAUUUGUUAGAAAUUAUGCUUCAGAUUUUUUAUUUUUACAACAAUUUAUUGAAGAAGAAAUUGUGCCGAAAAUUUCUUUAUCUCUUCGCCGUGCUACCUUCUUCAAAGUUAUCAACCUUCUUAAAUCUGACCCAAAAAAUGGACAUUCAAUGCAUUUGGUACGUUUUAUGCAAUAUAUUGUUGCUCCAUCAUUUUCUUUUGCUUUUGAUAAUUAUGAAAUUGAUUUGGUUGUUGGUGGUGCUGCUGUUUCACAGACAUCUGAAUUAUCAUCAGAUUCUCCAUCAACAUCAAUGAUAGAUGAUGAUCAAAAGCAACAACAAAAUACAAAUAUUGUAUUAAUUUUAUGCCGUGAAGUAAUUCAAAAAGCAACAUCUGAUCGAACAUCUUUAAGUCAUACAUUAGUUAUUGUCAUGUAUCUUUUUUGUUCUUUAUUUGUUCAAAAAUGUUCAACACAUAUUUAUGAUGCUUCAAAAAAGCAGCAAGGAAAUAAACAAGAAUUAGGAAAUCUUCGCCCUUUUAUGCUUUUUGGUUGGCCUUCUUUACAACAAAGUUUUCGUGGCGAUUUAACAGAAAAAUAUGCUGGCCUUUUUCUUAUUGCAAACAUUGUUGAUAAAUUUCUAAUUAAUCGGACUAUAAUUUUACAAGUUUUGAAUAGUUUAAUACAGGCAUAUCAACAGGAUAAUAAAGAAAUGGUGCGUAAAUCUUUGGAUAUUUUAAUCCCAGCAGUAACUAGACGUAUGACUGAUGGUUAUUCCCAAUUAAAAGCUUUAAUUAAAAAAGUUAUGAUUGAAGAAACUAAACAAUAUGGACUACAAAUUAUACAUUGCUUACAAAUUAUAAUUCGACAAUAUAAAGUUUUUUAUUAUGUUCGUCAUUCAAUGUCACAAUUAAUUUUGAGUUCAAUACAAAAAUUAAUGUCAAUACAAAUUGGUUUAGAAACAAAACGUUUAUUAUUAGAAUUUUGUGAAGUUGUUAUAAAAUGGGAACAAGAUAGACAACAACAAUUAAAUUUGAAUAGUUCAAGUUGUAAAGUUGAACAUGUUGUUGUAGAACUUGGUGAUGAUAAUGAUGAUGUUCAACAACAACCUAGUACUUCAAGUAAUAUUGAAAAUGAGCCUUCAAUCCCUCUACCACCUGAUUCAAACAAAGAAAUGGAUAAAAAUUUUAUUGAUACUGUUAUUAUGUUUUUGUUUCGUAUGGCUACAUCUACAGAUCAAUUUUCUACAAGUAGUGGAGGUGGAUCUUCUGCUCUUGAACAAAUUAAUAGACGUGCUCUACUUCUUUUACGUGUAGCUUUGAAACCAAAUAUUUUUGGAAAUGUUGUUACUAUUCGGACAAAUUUAUUUGAGAAACAAUUACAACUACCCAAUCCAGAACAAUUUAGUACAGCAAAUGAAACUGCAAUAAAUCAACAACUUCAAUUAGUUAAUAUAACUUUGGAUGUUCUUUCAAAUAUUAUACCUCAUUUGUCUCAACAAUUACUUGUAGAUUUAUUUCGACCUUUACAAAGAUCUUUAAUUUGUUGUAUGAGCUAUAGCAAUUCUCAACAAAUUCUUCGUAGUACAUACAAUAUUUUGGGUAAACUUCUUGAUAAAACAACAAAAAAUAAUGCAGCGUCAAUGACACCUCCUCCUGGUCUAAAUGAUUUUGAUUUACUCAAUCAACAUAUUAGUCGUUGUAUUCAUGAUGCAUUUAAUAAUUAUGCUUGUUCUUUAACUGCUUCACCUCCAAUGACAGUUAUAACAUUAUUGAGAUUAAUGCAUUCCGCACAAUCUAAUUAUUUGGAAACUGUCUGUUUAGGAUCGUUUGUUAAACUUUUACAAAGACUUGUUCGUGAAUAUGUUGCAACAAAUUUUACUUAUUCUGCUACAACAGCAAUUACACCUAUUCAACAACAUGAUUUACAAGCACAAAAAUUAAUUGGUGAUUUACUUUCAAUAUGUUUAGAAUUAUUAUGUUCACGUACUCGUUAUUUUAAUACUGAAGCACAAAAAACUAUUGUACAAUUUGUUAUAAUACCUUUAAUUGAAAAAGGAGCAGCAGAUAAAUUAAUUGAAAAUGUUAUUAAGAUUGCAACAGAAAUUCUUACAUCUGAAGUACAAUUAAUUUCUGAAUCAUUUCAACAACAAUUACAACAAAUUACAUCAACUCCUCAACCAAAUAUUAAAAUUCAAAGUUUAGGAGCACAAGUUUUAAUUAAACUUUUUUCAACAUUAGAAUCAAGAUUAACAACAAAUUUUGAAUUGAAAAAUUUAUUUUUAAAUGCAAUAAUUUUAUUAUAUGAAAAUUCGACGUCUUUAAUUUUGGGCGGUGGUAGUGAAGGAUUAAAUAUUGAAAUUAUUCAACCAGCAUUUUAUUGGGGUUUAUGUUGUGUGGAUAAAGAACUUCGUAAAAGAUUUUUCACAAUUCAUCAACGUUUAUUUCCUCCCAAUUUAUUUGCUCGAUUAAUAUAUAUUUUUACAAAUGAACGUUGGGAUUUAUUAAAUUCUUCUACAACAAAUUCUUCCUCAUCUUUAAUUAUUGCACAUUUAAUUAAUUUAUUAUUAAAUGCUAAUAAAUCAACAACGACUAAUUCAAAUUUAUUAUUAAAAAUAAAAAAUUGUUCAAUAUUUUGUCCAUUAUUAAUAAAUGGAGGAAUAAUUGAAGAAAAGAAUGAAGAUAAAAAUGAGGGAAGAAAAGAAGAGGAUGAUGAAAAAAUAAUUGAAAAAAUGUCUUUGGAUGUUGAAACAAUUGAUCUUGUUAAUGUAGGGGAGGAAGAAGAAGAAGAAGAUAUUCAAAUGGAUACAAUAACUAUAGAAGAUGAUAAAGGAAGAAGAAAAAAUAAGGAAGGAGGGGAGGAUGAAGCAAUGGAUGUUGAUGAUAAAGAAGAUAAUAAAUCUCAAUUGAAUAAAAUUUUUGAUGAAAUACAGGAAAGUCUUUGCAUAUCAAAUGAUGAACAAUCAACACCUUCCACAAUUUGUACUGAAUGGAUAGAAAAUUUUGUUGAUUUACUUUAUAUUGAUCCAUUAUUAUGUCAACAAACAUUUAUUGAGUUAUUCACAUCAAUAUGGUCCUAUUUAAACGAAAUUGAUCGUGAACAAAUUUGUUCAUUUAUAACUCCAUUUUUAACAUCAUCAGCAUUUUGUAUACCAACAACAACAACAACAAAAAAUGGAGGAAUAAAAAAAGAAGAUAAUCAUUUUGAGGAAGAAGAAAAUUUUGUUAUUUCAACAAUAUUAAAAGCUUUAAUUAAAUGUAAAAAGCCUGAAAUUGAAAUUGACCCAGUUGUAUUAAGCUAUGUGGGAUCAAAUUUUAAAUGUUGGCAUAUCGCUCUAUUAAAAUUAGAAAAAAUUGCGAUAAGUAAGAAAGCAUUAAUUUCUAAUGUUGGUGGUGAAAUAACAACGUCGGCUUGGAAUGCUGCAACAAAUUUAACAGAAGAAAAAUUGGUAAUGUAUUUUUGA